AUGAUGAAUUCCUUCACCAGCAUGUCAAUUCCCUGCUUGUCCAACCACUCCGUGGUCAUCCGGGGUGCCAAGAAGAUGCUCGAUGUGGGCGGGGCUGGACACGGAGCUAUCUACCUGGCAAAGAAGUUCGACAAGCUGAAGAUCACCCUCUGGGACCAGCACGAGACCGUCGACAUUCCGCGAAACCUGAUUGCAAAGGCGGGCCUCUCGGACCGUAUCGACCUCCGCGCCGGAUCCUUCCUGGUGUCCGACUUCCCGCGAGGGUAUGACGCGGUGCUGUUCUCGCACCAGGUCGUGAUUUGGUCCAAAAAGGUUCUGCUGCAGAUCUUCAAGCAGGCCUUUGACGCUCUCACACCCGGUGGAGGCCUCGUAGUCUUCAAUAGUUUUGCGAAUGACGACAUGGACGGCCCCGAGUGGGCCGGACUGGACAGCGUAUACUUCCAGGCUGUUCCCGUGAGCUCGGGGGGCUACAUUUGGUCCAUGGCCCAGGUGGAGGGCUUCCUCCGACAGGUCGGUUUUGAGGCUCCAGCCCGGACCAACUGCAACCUCUGGACUCCACAUGCCGUGCUCGAGGUCUUCAAGCCUUUGCAGUGCCUUGAUGGAAGUUGUCGAGCUGCCUCUUAA